AUGUUGAAGAAAUUCGCUGAGCCAUUCGCAACUGCGAACAUUGCGAAGCAUCGUCAAUUUGGUCGAUAUAUUUAUGUCGCCUUCGGAAGACAUGUUUGCUGUCCCACACCUGUGAUAUUGAGUCUAUGUUCUAAUGAGUUGAAUAGUUACCUGAUUUCAGAGUUGAUGGAAACCGAUCUGAGAACCCUAUUGAGCACCAAGGGUAUUGACCAAGAAUUUGUUCAGUAUUUUCUUUACCAGAUAAUGCGGGGUUUGAAAUAUGCUCACUCAGCAGGAGUAUUCCAUCAUGAUUUGAAACCAAGUCAAAUCUUGGUUAACCGGAAUUGUGAUCUCAAGAUAUGCAAUUUUGGGAUCGCACAUGUUCAAAAUUCGUCCACAACAGCAUAUGACUCUAUUCUGCAUUACAAAGCGCCCGAACUCCUAUUUUCAACACAAAACUACCAUGGGCAAACUGAUAUUUGGAGUGCAGGGUGUAUCUUCGCUGAAAUGCUUGUGGGGAAGCCUCUUUUCCCAGGUGACAACUCCAUUCAUCAACUUCAUGCUAUUACGAAAUUGCUUGGCUCGCCACCAGAUCAUAUGUUAAUCAAUGAAAUAACCAAAAAUGUAUGUUAUAUUGGGUCGAUUAGAAAGAAUUUCAUGCCAACCGCAGCAGCGAUCGAGACUCUUGAAAUAUUGAUCGUCCUCGACCCUUACAAGCGAGCGACGGCAUCAGAGGCCCUUGCUUUGCCUUACCUGGCACCUUAUCAUGACCCGACGGACGAGCCAGAGGCCGAGAAAAAGAUUGAUUGGAGAUCGGUGGAGGCUAAUUAUCCUCUUCAUGCCUGGAAAGCAAAAGUGUAUCGUGAAAAUAACCCCUAA